UUUCUGCCCUCUGGUCACUAGGCACCAGCUUUCCUCAGAAUGGGCACCAGCCUGCACCACAAGGGGCAUUUGCUCCUUAGCCAAUCCUGAGUGCAGGCCCUUAGCAACCCUCACAAAGAAAGCAAGGCUCAGCCGGGCUCCGUGUUCUGUCUUCAGGAAGCCAGUCCCCAGUAAAGUGUUGACCUGUUACUUUUGAAGAGUAACAGCGGACUGGAAACCAUGAGUAACAUUAAAAUAUAUUAUGCCAGCGUGUCAGGAUCUAGGGAGGUAAAACAGAAGCAAAGUGAAGUUAUGAGGAUUUUUGAUUCUUACAACAUUAAGUACGAGUUAAUUGACAUAACUGUCAGUCCCCAAGCACUGGAAGAAAUGCGGACUAAGGCUGACUCUCCUAUGGCUGCACCACCUCAGAUAUUCAAUGGUCCAGAAUAUUGUGGAGAUUUUGAUACGUUCCACUAUGCCAAGGAGAACAAGGAGAUUCUGAAGUUCCUGAAGAUGGAGGAAAUGGAGAGUGAUGGCACCACUUCUUCCUCUUAACUGUAGAACAGCUGCUCCAUUAAAACAGCUGCCAAAGC